UUCUUUUCCCCUUUGGAAUUUAGUCAAGGAAUUUGUCCACUUCCUGGGAGAAGUCUCCCAGAAGAUCACUUCACAAUACAUUUUCUUCCUCUGUGAUGCCUAACUCCUGCUAAUCUCUCAUCUGUUCCUAGAGUGUGCCAGUAACCAAUCCAGUCCAUCUUACCCUCUGCCCCAGCCAUUCCUUAAUGCCCUCAGGCCGCCUGCGCAAACUCCACGCUGUCAGUGUCUGAGCUCUCCCCAUCGGGUUUUGCACUUUGGUGGUGUCAGACGGAGAGAAUGGGGGUCUGUCUACCGCUUAGCCCAGCGGGAGAAUCAUCUGGCCUGUCUGGCCUGCCUUUGCCUGCGUUGAUGAAAUGGUGAUGAGGAUACCUCGGACGUGGCCAGCGGACAGCGAGGCGAGUGGAGGGAAGCGCCCUGAACGCCACCGUAAGCCCCUGGGUAGUGAAAGACGUGAGGUGGCUGCACCCCCUCCCACCCCAUUCUCCUUGCACCAAUUUCAGAGCGCCAGCUUCCAAUCCCUCCUCAGGGCGGGUCCUUAGGCAGCGCGGAACCGUGGGCUGCGGAGGCUUCCAGCACCAACUCCGGCCUCUGCCUCCUGCCGGCCCAGCCGCUUCAUCCCAAGGACUCGCCGCACACACCUUGAACCCCGCGCCAGAGCGCAGUCGAAAGCGCGGCCCGGAACUGCAGCUCUCUGCGGGGCGGCCCAGGCCCGGGGGUCGCGCAUCUCCAGCCGCUGACUCAGGGCCGCUCGGGCCGGGGGACUGAGCAGCCGGGCGCGAACGCAAACAAACAGCUGGGGCUGCGAGCGCCCCCGCCCCGGCCCGGAGAGCAGCCGGCCCGGCCCCCCCAUCAACUCGGGGCGCUCGUCCGCCCCACCAUGAGGAAAAUCCGCGCCAACGCUAUCGCCAUCCUGACCGUAGCCUGGAUCCUGGGCACUUUCUACUACUUAUGGCAGGACAACCGAGCCCACGCAGCAUCCUCCGGCGGCCGGGGCGCGCCGAAGGCCGGUGGGAGGCCGGAGCAGCUCCGCGAGGACCGCACCAUCCCGCUCAUUGUGACAGGGACACCCUCCAAGGGCUUUGACGAGAAGGCCUACCUAUCGGCCAAGCUGCUGAAGCCUGGAGAGGACCCCUACAGGCAGCAUGCAUUCAACCAGCUGGAGAGCGACAAGCUGAGCCCUGACCGGCCCAUUCGCGACACGCGCCAUUACAGUUGCCCAUCUAUGUCCUACUCGCUGGACCUGCCAGCCACCAGCGUCAUCAUCACCUUCCACAAUGAGGCCCGCUCCACCCUCCUGCGCACGGUCAAGAGCGUCCUCAACCGAACUCCUGCCAGCUUGAUCCAGGAGAUCAUUUUAGUGGAUGACUUCAGUUCAGAUCCUGAAGACUGUCUGCUCCUGACCAGGAUUCCCAAGGUCAAGUGCCUGCGCAAUGACCGGCGGGAGGGACUGAUUCGGUCUCGAGUCCGCGGGGCAGAUGUGGCCAGCGCUACCAUCCUCACCUUUCUGGACAGCCACUGCGAAGUGAACAUCGAGUGGCUGCAGCCCAUGCUGCAGCGGGUGAAAGAGGACCACACCCGUGUGGUGAGCCCCAUCAUUGAUGUCAUCAGCCUGGAUAAUUUUGCCUACCUCGCAGCAUCUGCUGACCUUCGUGGAGGAUUUGACUGGAGCCUGCAUUUCAAAUGGGAGCAGAUCCCCCUGGAGCAGAAGAUGACCCGGACAGACCCGACCAAGCCCAUCAGGACGCCUGUCAUAGCUGGAGGAAUCUUCGUCAUUGACAAGGCCUGGUUUAACCACUUGGGAAAGUAUGAUGCCCAGAUGGAUAUCUGGGGUGGAGAGAAUUUUGAGCUAUCCUUCAGGGUGUGGAUGUGCGGUGGGAGCUUGGAGAUCAUCCCCUGCAGCCGCGUGGGCCACGUCUUCAGGAAGCGGCACCCCUACAACUUCCCUGAGGGCAAUGCCCUCACCUACAUCAGGAACACCAAGCGCACCGCGGAGGUGUGGAUGGAUGAGUACAAGCAGUACUACUAUGAGGCCCGGCCCUCCGCCAUCGGGAAAGCCUUUGGCAGCGUGGCCACACGGAUCGAGCAGAGGAAGAAGAUGAACUGCAAGUCCUUCCGCUGGUACCUGGAGAACGUCUACCCAGAGCUCACUGUCCCCGUGAAGGAGGUACUCCCGGGCGUCAUUAAACAAGGGGUCAAUUGCUUAGAAUCCCAGGGCCAGAACACAGCUGGUGACUUCCUGCUCGGCAUGGGGAUCUGCCGGGGGUCUGCCAAGAGCCCCCCUCCCGCCCAGGCCUGGCUCUUCAGUGACCACCUUAUCCAGCAGCAGGGCAGGUGCCUGGCCGCCAGCUCCACCUUAAUGUCCUCGCCCGGAUCCCCAGUCAUGCUGCAGGCAUGCAACCCCAGAGAAGGCAAGCAGAAAUGGAGGCGAAAAGGCACGUUCAUCCAGCACUCAGUCAGCGGCCUCUGCCUGGAGACCAAGCCCGGCCAGCUGGCCACAAACAAGUGUCAGGCCGACGCCCCGGCUCAGCAGUGGCAGCUGCUGCCACACACCUGACGGAAGGAUUCCAACGGAAGGCCAGCCACUGCAGAGCACUGGGAGGCUGGCUGGUGGCUCCUGGUUGUGUAGCGAACUCCCAGUUCUUUGUGCCAGCCACUGACAACACAUCUACCCACUCUGCCCCAUGGCCUUGUCUUGGAACCCCUUCUUGCUGUGCCCCUCUCCCCUACCCACUGGCUCAGGCAGUGGGGUUUUGGGCAAGAGACUGUUGGCACCAGGACUCCUGGUGGGGGGCAGGUAGGUCUCCUUCUGAAAGCCAAGCAGCCUGGGGAAGACAUAGGUAUCCUAAGAUACCUUUCAUAGACUACAGAGCCGUGCACUCAUUGGAAACUCAUGGAUUCCAGAAGGUCUAGAAAUCUUCCAACAAUGACCCCCAUCACCACCACCACCACCCAAAUACUGUAUGUGGGUGCCUAUGUACACUGCCCUGGAGAAAGGACCUAUGGGUUUCCCUAGCUUCUAAAAGGAGGUCCCCUCUGGUCCCCAAAGGGGCUGAAUCUCUGAUCCGGAUUGGAGCCGCUGCUCCCUGGUCUCCCUCCCUGGUGUCCCCAAACUGCUGUCAUCCUGCACACUGCCCGUGGCCCUCGGUCUGGAGUGGUGGGCCGCAGCACCGGUCUCUGGCAGUUUCCUCUCAGCUCCUGGUUCUCACCAGCGGCCUCUGUGCAGUGUUCCCACUG